AUCAGUUGGGCUUUUUGAGUUCCACCACCAUCUCAAAUCUCUGUAGGCAACGCAUACACCCACCAUCUUCAAUCUCAUCACAAAGGAAUAUAUCUUGCUCAACAAAGAUGGCUGGUGCAAACUAUAUGGGAGGUAGACGAAACUACGCGAAAGCUCGUUCGAAGGACACCACAGCAAAGGCUCAACGAAACCACUUUGGCAAACAGAAAAUUCUUGCUACAAGCCUUAGCAAACCAGCGACUCUGACUGCAAACAGAUGCGAUCUCAGUAGCAACCCAAUCGCUAGAAUCUCGCUAGCACAUGCACAGCAAGAUCCUUCUGUUCGUCAUGCCCAGAAAACUCACUUGAGAUCUGCCGCUUUCUCUGUAUAUUCCCCACCCAUCACACCUCCGCAAAGUAAAUCCAAUAUGUUUCACGACAAGUCCCAUUUUUCUGGCUACUCCACUUAUCCACUGUAUGCUUUCCCCGAGGACCCCAAACCGCCCAAGCGUUCUUCAGUUAUCUUGCGCGAUUUGGACUUAUCAGAACCCAUCUCGCUUCGUGCGGAAAUGGAUCGUAUGCGUGUCAUUCCGGACUUGGCGGGGUUGUCGCGGAACUAUGUAACAAAUCCCUCGAAGAGAAGGCGCACAGAGCCUCCAAAACUUAAGGAAUAUGCUCUCCAAUCCCCUGCCGCUCCCUUCGAAGAUCGACGCAGAUCACCUGUAUCGAAUGAGAAUAGCGGCCCUUCAGAUACCUUCUCUCCGAAGGGUGAUUACUCUCCAAGCUGGGGUACACCUUCUACCUCCUCUCGUCUUGCCUUUUCGCGUACAACUUCGGAUUUCGAACCCAUGCCGUUUGACGGCGAUCGCGACGACUAUUCUUUCCCGGAUUCUGGCUAUGCUGAAGUGUUCUCACCUGUCAACGCUGAUAAGAAUUCAACCAUAAACAAUUCUGACGGCCAAUUCUCAUCUUCGCCCAAUGCUCGUUCGUCCUCGAAUGCAGAAACAAAUGCUGGUCGGGCUUCUGGUCCCUCGGAUACUUCUUUAAAUUGGAGUCUGGAACGCGUUUCACCGACGAGUUUAUCUCCUCACGCUAGCUCAAACUCAGGCGCUAUGGACGAGAACCCACAACAUGGCUCACCCAACUCUCCUUCGGGCACAACGCUUGCUUCUCCUGAUUUCACACUCUCUCCCCAGAUUCCUGCUUUGUUUGCUUCUGCAUCGUCUGAGCAGCCUAGCGAUCGGUUUGUUGCCUCCAUCGGCCUUCGGGGUUCCGGCACUCGACCUCCGUCUCAUGCUUCCUCAGUUUCUGACGCUCACACCGAAGAAAGUCUUUGGGAUAUAUCACAAGGUCAACUCUUCGACUCCAAUGCCGAUACAUGGGAGAGUGUAAAAUCGAGAAUCGUACCUACUCACACUCAUGUCACCUCAAGAUCAAUGCUGCCCUCUUUCCAUGAUAUCUCUCUGCUGAAAUUUGUAACAGGUCGGCGAGGUGUUGGCUACAUCGACCAGCCUUCAUUCUGUCCAGCAAUAGGAACUUCGGACGCAAGAUCUAUUGGGCUUGAAAUCGAAGUACCCAAUCUCGCUUGGGAAACAAACUCUGAUGACGAAGAAAACGCUUUGGAUUAUAACGCGACGUAUUCUACUCACGACGGGUCGCAACCUCAACAACCUUUCACAACUAACUUCCCGGCUCGCCUCAAUAAUCGCGCUAUUACCCCAUCUGCUACAGGUACUAUCGGCAAUGCAGGAGAUCCACUUCCCAUUCUAGACGUUCGGACUUCCUUCCCAUCUCGAAUUAACCUUCCGCCGACCUCGCCUUUUACUCAACCUUCAUCACUCCGUAACCUUCUUCCUGAUAUCGGAAUAACAUCUCUUGCUCACUCAAGCUUUGACUUUCCGCCUUGUUCUCCAUCAUCUCCUCAUCUCGAUAUGUUUGACCUGCCGAUGUUGCACAAGCAACUCUAUGCGGCACAGGCGUCACUUAACCUUGUCGAUCCGUUUCGUGGAUCUUUUCCGCCCUUUAGCGCACCAAUAAGCUCACCGCCGAAUACGCUUCCUGUCAUCACCUCGGGUACUUCGCAUGCCGGAAAAGCUCCAGACUCACUUCGAUCACAUUCACCUUCUGCAGUCCUCCUGAACCAAACGCCGCAAAAGUCGACCCUUGGACGGGCUAAUACUGAAGUUGUUCACUCCCGCGUCAUUGCAGGACCAUGUCUCUUUGCUGGCCCAGACGAUGUAUUAGACGCUGAAGAUGAAUGAUCCACGUCGGUUGUUUUUAGGUAGUAGGUACAUCGAAGUCGAAGUCUGUCUCAUAGCCCAUCGUACCACUUUGCGUUUCGUGUUUGGCAGAUCGCAAUGUAAUUUCCGCACUGGUACCUAUCUGCACAGGCUUUUGGCGGCUUCGAGAGCCUUGAGAACGUUUCUUCAGGACGCGGCAUAUUUACGGGAGCUUGUUAUGAAUACGAUGUAGCUUGUUUUCGUAGAGGAUACAUAGUUAAAUACAUUGUGGCGCAACUUCCCCAUGGGCAGACUCUGGGCAGACUUUCCGUAGUGAGCAUCCCCCGCAACGGGGAACGGAAGUAAACGCAAGCGGCCAAU